UAAAAGAAAAAAAAAAACGGUGGGCUCAUAUUUCUUCCUUGACAAAAUGUGAAAUGAGCCCGAAAAGGCUGAGACCUUCACCUUAGGUUUCAAUCAACGAAUCCACUUAUCUCAACCUAACUCAUUCCCGGCAGCCAGUCGAUCCGCCGCCUCCUUCCUUUUCAGCUGAUCUGCCAGAUUAAUCCUACGAUUCGCGCGGUGGGGAGGCCUCUCAUAGCAAUUCGAGGUACCAACAUCAUCAUAAUCUCCGGGUCUUCUACUACAGCUGGCGCGAGACUAUAAGAAAAAAAACAAAGAUUUUGCUUUGUUUGUCUCCAUCUGUUUAUUUAUUCUCCGUGGUUGUGAAAUUUGGUGGUUACAAUUACGGAGCAGAAGUGCGUGAAUGGAUAUGCAGAAGGGUGGGAGUCUAUCGAGAAGUAGCACUAGUCCGUCAGUGAGAGUGUCGUCGUCGCCGCAGUCUCAGCAGUCGUUGAGGCGGCUAAGCUUGUGCUCCCAAAUAGCAACCCACUCUUCCCCAAUUGUGUUCCCGGAGAAACGUACUAAGAUGCUUAAGGCUUCAUCCCAACGCGGUGAAGCCCCUGUCACGGCUGAUCAGACUCAUAAAUCCAAGAGGGAAGACCAUCGAAUCGAUAUGGGAGGAGGGGAUGAAAAAUCUGAUUUACUUGGUUAUGUGGUUUUCUCAGGUAAGCUCAUUUGGGAUAAGAGAAAGAAUGUCCCAACUAAUACUAAUUCCGCCGAUGUAGAGCGGAAUUCUUCUACUGAUAUUGCCAAGCAAGAAGCUGUUGCUGCUAAACUCACUAGUAAAGCGUUGGUUUGGGGUUCGCAUGUCUUGCCUCUGGAUGAUGUCAUCUCGGUAUCCUAUAAUGUUGGUGUUAGACAUUUCACCGUGCAUUCUUACCCUUUCAAGAAGGGUUCUUGUGGCCUUUCGUGUUUUAUUAAACCGAAGAGAAGUCAAAAGGAUUUUCGUUUCUUGGCUUCUAGUGUAGAAGAGGCAGUUCAAUGGGUUGGUGGGUUUGCAGAUCAGCAAUGUUUCAUCAAUUGUUUGCCUCACCCCUUAGUUUCUUCAAAAAAGCAAGCUUCGUCUGAAUUGUUUCCGAUGGAUGCUCCUCCUGAGCUAGUGUUCAGGUGCAAGAAUCCACCGAAAAUGCUUGUUAUAUUGAAUCCAAGGUCAGGUCGGGGUCGUUCCAGUAAAGUUUUCCAUGGCAUUGUUGAACCAAUAUUUAAGCUUGCAGGGUUUAAAUUGGAGGUAGUCAAAACAACAUCUGCUGGCCAUGCUAAAAAGCUGGCAUCUACUGUUGAUAUCAGCACUUGCCCUGAUGGAAUAAUAUGCGUUGGCGGCGAUGGGAUUAUUAACGAGGUUCUAAAUGGUCUGCUUAGUAGGGACAAUCAGAAAGAAGGAAUUUCUAUACCCAUUGGAAUUAUACCGGCAGGUUCAGAUAAUUCACUGGUUUGGACAGUUCUUGGAGUUAGAGAUCCAGUCUCUGCUGCGAUUUCUAUUGUAAAGGGAGGUCUUACUGCUACAGAUGUUUUUGCUGUUGAGUGGAUUCAGACUGGUGUUAUUCACUUUGGGAUGACAGUCUCCUAUUAUGGUUUUGUUAGUGAUGUCUUAGAACUUUCUGAGAAAUAUCAGAAACGAUUUGGUCCUCUACGAUAUUUUGUUGCUGGGUUCCUCAAGUUUUUGUGUUUGCCAAAGUACAACUAUGAAGUGGAGUACCUUCCUGCAGCAAAAGAGGAUCGAGAAAGUAAAACCUCGACUGAUCGGGAAGUAGUUGACAUGUCAGACCUGUACACAGACAAUAUGAGGAGGUCAAACAUAGAUGGCAUUCCUAGAGCCUCUAGUUUAUCUAGUAUCGAUUCAAUAAUGACUCCUAGCCGAAUGUCUGGAGGUGAGCUGGAUACAUGUAGUAGCACUCAUGCCAGCACUGAACCAUCUGAGUAUGUGCGAGGCCUUGAUCCUAAGACAAAACGGCUGUCGUCUAGCAGAAGCAAUGUAACAGCUGAGCCUGAAGUUAUUCAUCCUCAGUUACCACUGUCAGUGACUCCAAACUGGCCAAGGACCAGAUCAAAAUCAAGGACAGAUAAAGGAUGGAGUGGAUUGACUGCAGCACAUGAUCCUUCUAGAUGUUCUUGGGGUAAUGCUGCAACAAAUGAUAGAGAGGAUAUAUCUUCGACAUUGUCUGAUCCAGGUCCAAUUUGGGAUGCUGAACCAAAGUGGGACACUGAGGCUAAUUGGGACGUGGAAAAUCCAAUCGAGUUACCAGGGCCAUCAGGUGAUGUUGAGUCAGGACUAAAGAAGGAAGUUGUCCCAAUAUUUGAAGAUAAAUGGGUUGUAACGAAGGGGCCAUUUCUUGGCAUCAUUGUGUGCAACCAUGCAUGCAGAACUGUGCAGAGUUCUCAGGUGGUGGCUCCAAGAGCUGAACAUGAUGACAACACUGUGGAUAUGCUCUUAGUUCAUGGGAGCGGGCGACUGAGAUUGAUGAGAUUUUUCUUGCUGCUACAGAUGGGUAAACACCUUUCACUGCCAUAUGUUGAAUAUGUCAAGGUGAAAUCGGUCAAGAUUAAGGCUGGGAAACAUACGCAUAAUGGUUGUGGCAUUGAUGGUGAGUUUUUUCCCCUCAACGGACAAGUAGUAUCGUCUUUGCUUCCCGAACAGUGCAGACUAAUUGGUCGCUUCCCUGACCGACAUUUAUAAUGACCAAGAGAUCUGUUUUUUUUUUUUGAAAAUUUCUUUGUCAUAUCUUGGAUGCGAAUGCUCUCUUCUGUUCUCGUGGCUUGGGAAUAUGCAGAGUAUCCUUACACAAAACUAAUAUAUCUUCUGAUAUAUAUUUUCAUGUUAACCCCCUUCCCGUUUGUGCCAUUACAUACAAUGAGAGUUCCUGUAAAUUUUUUCUUGGGUUUAUGUAUCUGUUACUUGUUUAUUUACAUUUUUUACUCCUCUGUGAUAUAUACGCUUUUCUCUUGUUUGUUUCUGUGCAAACUUCUAAAUAUAUUGAAAGUUUAUCUUUCUAUUUUUCCUUUUUUUAACCAUUUAGAUUUCUUUACAUGAUCAUCUUCAGAACUCUUCUUAGAUAUUUACAAAGGAUUAAUUUCUCUCAAUGUUAUUUUUAGUCCAUGUACUUUCCUAGAUUUUUUAACGUGAUACGUUUUCUUUUAAAAUGUGCAAUGUGUUGUUUGUAUUGUGAUCCUUUCAUCAAUAUGGUACUCCAAGAUUAACACUGUUAAUUUAGAAAUAUAUGUGGUUGACAUUCAGUAACACCAGGACACGUGGCUUAUUUUGUCUUCUCAUUUUAUGAGUGGCAUAUUUGGCCUCAAAAGUCUGUCAAAGAGGAGAGAUAGUGAAAGAAUAGAAAGGAAAAAGAAAAAUGGAAACGUAGUAUUUUUUUUUUUUCAAUGACACUUUAAUU